AUGUAUGAGAUGGCCCCAGAAAGCAGCUGUCUCAAAGUGAUUUCGAGUUUGCAGCAUAAAAGACGACAUGGUUCAUCUCGUCAUGCUGCAGAGAGGGGAAGAGCAAAGACAAAAGUACUUUUCCAUGAGCUAGCCCACCAAGCAGCUUCCCCUGGAGGGGAGUCUAGCCGAGCAUCCAGCUGUAGUGCAGAGGAAAAGGAGGAAAGUGCAUUAGAGGGUGGACUGGCAUCCGCUCCAUCAUCUGCUUCCUUUAAAGCUUCUGUACGCCCGCCUGGACCACCCUUUCAGCCCGCGCCUACACCUCCACCAAGGCUUCCUAAAGGCAUAACUCCUGUUUGCCUUACUACAGUAGCGCCGGUACGGCGAGCACGCAGGGCCCUGGCACACGGAUCGCCGUCGCGUAAACCUCCAGUUGCACAUACCCCAUCCGCUUCCCCGUCGAAGAAGCCUGCGAUUGCACUUCAGAUUCCCACUCAGGCACCUGUGUCAAACACGGGACAGGCCAAAGAAGCGGAUCAACUAGAGUUUGACAAUCUCGUUCCCCUACCGAAGGAUGCUCUGACCUCCGGGAUCUUGAGCUCAUGGGUAGUCUUGUACAAUCCCAAAGGCUUGUCCGAGUCCCAGCUCUCUCAACCCAAGGCAUUUGCCGAGCCACCGCCUUCUUCAGUCGCGCCCCGGAGCUUUAUGUUCAAGUAUUUUGCGGAGCAAGUGGAUAAGAUUCCGGAUGAGUAG